UGCCGGGCUGAGAGGUGGCCGCCAUCUUGCGUACGGCGGUGCGGCUCGCUGCCUCACGUCCGGACGCCUGGUGGUCGAGUGGCUCCCGCUGUCUGCCUUGUGGUGAAGUCUUACCGUGUUGUAUUUUCUUUUCUUUUUUCAUCGAAAGAGGCUUUUGGUUUUGUGGGAGAGGUCAAGGUCCAUGCAGAACUGUAGCGUAAGAUGCCUUAUGCUAAAAUUGAACCUAAGUUCUCUGGACCUGGAGAAGAACUAACAAGUGAACCAUGCUAUAAAAAAUUGAAGUCAACUACAGAGGCUUGUGUUUUCCCUCAUCAUGGUAGUUCGGAUUUUCACAAAAUUCAACCGAAAGCUGGAAAUAAUUGGGUCCCUGUGGCCGUAAUUGAUGGCAAAGGGCAUAAUUAUCCUAAGGAAGACAAAACCCAAACUACAGAUUUGCAGAAAUCUUUGCAUGAUGAGAUACCUGAUAAUAAACUUGAUGUUAUUGAAUCCACCGAUUCACGAGGUGGAAACCCUCCAUUAGUAUCCACAGAUGAUGAGAUAUAUAGCACAAGUAAAGAUUUCAUAGGGCCCAUUUACAAACCCCCAGAGAAAAAGAAGUUCAAAGAAAGAAGAAAUCAGACUAACACUCUCAAUGGUAUAAAUGACAAAGGAACAAGAGAGGAAAAAGAGAAAUUUAACUCCAAAAAACCAGAGAUUGACACUGAAUUAUCCCAGUUUUACAAAGAAAUUGAAGAGCUUGAAAAUGAAAAGGAUGAUUCAGAAGAUGGUAUUUGUAAGGAACUUGAAUCUUCUCAGGAACAAGUUAUUCCAUGUUACCAGCGCUAUAGUACUGAUAUCUUAAAAUCUGAUGACAUUAAAGAGCUCUGUACUACUUUUCAGGCACAGUGUGAUUAUCAACAGUACUUAGAGAGUGAGUUAGGCCACUAUUAUGAUGAACAAGAAAUACCUACAUUUUGUGAUAUUUCAUUUACUUCCUUCAGGCCUGAAUGGCAGUCAAUGCAUCCUUUUCUAGUACCACAUGGUCCUCUUCCUAGUUUUAACUACCACUUAAAUAUUCCAAGAUUCAGUACUUCACCAAAUCUACCACCAAAUAUUUUCCCUGCUCAAGGUAACUCCCUGAUGCGAAAUGGGUAUUAUGAAAAUAGUUGUCAUGAUAACUGGGAUUGUUUGACCUUUGAUCAGAACAAUGAAUAUACUCUUAUUGAAGAUAGUAGCAAUGCUCAUCCCUCUAGAAACGGCUACAGUAUGCAAGAUGGAUAUAUGAGACAUGAUUUCUGUGAAAUCAGACAAGGAUUUUGGAAAGACCCUAUUGAUAAGUAUAAUGAAAUACAUAGAUCUGUGAACCAGCAGUUUCAAGAGGAAAAGUUAAAUAAGUUGCAGAAGUUACUUAUUCUUUUGAGAGGUCUGCCUGGUUCUGGGAAAACAACGUUGUCUCGAAUUCUACUUGGUCAGAGCCGUGAUGGCAUUGUGUUCAGCACUGAUGACUAUUUUCACCAUCAAGAUGGGUACAGGUAUAAUGUUAAUCAACUUGGUGAUGCCCAUGACUGGAACCAAAACAGAGCCAAACAAGCUAUUGAUCAGGGAAGAUCUCCAGUUAUAAUAGACAACACUAAUACACAAGCUUGGGAAAUGAAACCAUAUGUGGAAAUGGCCAUAGGAAAAGGAUACAGAGUAGAGUUUCAUGAACCUGAAACUUGGUGGAAAUUUGAUCCUGAAGAAUUAGAAAAGAGGAAUAAACAUGGUGUGUCUCGAAAGAAGAUUGCUCAGAUGCUGGAUCGUUACGAAUAUCAAAUGUCCAUCUCUAUUGUAAUGAACUCAGUGGAACCAACACAGAAAAGCACACAAAGACUCACCCCUCCCCAGGAGAGUCAGAGAGAAGGAAUUUUGAGGAAAACUGAGUUCCAACUCAGCAAAGCCAAACGAAAAAGAAACCGAAAACGAAACAAAAAAUCUAACUGUCUUCAUGAAAUCACAGAUGAAAACUCACUUGAAACUUUAAGUUAUCUUACAACAGGAGCUCAGUACCCAUCUCAGGAUGAAGAAGAUUUUGAAAAGACCAAAGCAAUAUCAGGGUGUCUUUUCACUGGUGGCCCACAAAAUGAAUUUGGAGAUCUUCCGAAUGGCUGUAAAGAAAACAGUUGGAAAAGCCUAGAUCUUCAAGACAGUUUUCAGAAUGUUGUAUCUACAGUUGAAUUGUAUUGCACAACAAAGAAUUACUUCCCUAAGGGAGAUGAUAUCUUGAGUCUAGCUUCCUCAUCAAUGUCAAACAAAAGCUCUGGUUCUUGUCCUAUAGGGACUCAAAAUGUUCCUCGUGUAACAAUAGAUGACUACUCUGCCAUGAAGGUAGAAAAGCAUAAGGGGAAUAGUUUUAAUAUGGCAUUAAACAGGAAGAACUCAUUUGUUAGUACCCCAUAUUCAUUUCUCCAGAAGACAGAAGUAGACCAAAGAUUACCAAAUGAACCAAUUCAGCACCAUCAACAUGGAUUCAGAGCAUCAGAGAACAUUUUAAGAGAGGAGCAAGGAGAACAUGCAAGUAAAAAUAAUUAUUCGGCUUUUUUCACACAUGAUUUGUCUGAUGAGGAAUUACAGCUAGGCUCUGAGAGACAAUCCUAUUUUGGUAGCUGGCCUGAGGGACCUCAUAAAUUUGUGUGUGAACAGAGACCAAAGAAAGAUAGAUCACAUAAACUGGCCUGUCCUGACAGCAAGGAGCAAUUGAUUCAAUUGAUCUGCACUUCUGAAGAAACAUCAGGACCAGGAAGCAGACCAGAAAUAUUGAUAGAUGAGAAGUUACUGGUAGGAAAUGAAGAUUUGUCACCUAUAACUGAAACUAUAGAUCCAUUCAGAGACACAGAAACAAGCAACUUCAGAAGCUGCUUAUCUCACCUGGACAACCCAAAGAAUGCCUUAGAAUCAACAAUGAAUGAGAAAAGGAGGCGGAGAAAAAAUUUUAAUUUGGCCCCAAACUUUAACUUAGGGGGCCAGAGUCUUACCAAUGCAAGCAAACAUAGCCUGUUAACAGAAAGUCAUGCAUUGAACAAUAUUUUGGGAGAAGAAAAAGACAAAACUUCAGAAAUAAAUAAAGAAGAGGAGAAAAAGCAAAAACUCACAGCAUGUGACCAUCCAAAACCAUCAUCACUUCACUUUGCUAUUAUCAAAGAUUCACCUCUAAAUAUUGGUGGACAAUUUAAUUUUCCUUACCUGUCAUUUAAUAGACUAGGACAUGCUAUGUAUCUUUAUAAAAAUCCUGUUCCUUCUCUUGUACUACAUUAUACAUCUAGUUUUUGGAUGGUAUCUAUUACCAACGAAAAAACAUUUUUGACUUUCCAAUCUCAGACAAGAGUAGGUAGUAUACUAACUGAUAUAGACUUUAUGUUUUCAGAAAUUUUAUGUAGCCAACCUGAUACUUUGUGCUCUUUGAAGAUUAUUUCUGAUACUCAGUUUUUAAAUGAAAGAUCUGGUGAAAAGCUAAAGAAACUAGAAGACUUUAAAUCAUUACAGUGUUUACCAACUGAGGAUCAGCACGAUUUAACAAGCAUGGAUUUUAAUUCUUUUCAACUGCCAUUAUCACAAAGGUUUGCCUUCAAACUAGUAAAGCUUUUUGGACCUCCUGGAAUUCCAGUGGAAUCCUUAUUGCCUGAUGACUAUGUGAUUCCCCUUGACUGGAAAACACUGAAAAUGAUCUACUUGCAGUGGAAGAUGUCAGUAGAGAAAAGACAAAAGAAGAUUGAUUAAAAAUGAAAAUUUCUUGAACUCUGAGUUCUCUGGCUUCACCUCACUGCUGAAGAUUCUGAUUAUGGAGAAAAGUCUGCAAGUUCAAAGCUGGCCUGAGGGACACACACCCAUCGGACCCCAAACUAGCGUGGAUGUUCUUGCUAAGUUAUCCAAAUUAUAAUUUUAAAAAAAAUCCAACUGAAGUGGUAACAGUUUAAACACAUUAAUAUCUAAUUUGCAGUAUUUACCUUUUGUUUUGUUGAAGAAAAUAAGGCACAGAAAACUCGAGUAGUUUAUUUUUAAAAUUAUAUCAGGAUUGGAAAGGUAGACCCUAUAUGCAAAUGUUGGUAGAAUUCUGAAAUCCGAAAAGCUCUGAAAACAAAAAGUUGUUUUGUUUUGUUUUUCCAGUGACAAAAUGUACAAUAAUAUUUAUAAUCUUAUAAACAUAUUAAUAAUGUCGUGCUAUCUUCACGCAUCCCCAGAACUCUUCAUUUUGUGAAACUGUGGCUCUGUACCCAGUAAACAAUAACUCCCCAUUCUUUACCCUCCUGAUCUUAGGCAAUCACCGGCUUGUUUUUAAAAUAAAUUUUAAACAUUAAUUUGUCAGCAAAGACUGACCAAAAUAGACAGGAGGAGGUUAGUUUUACUCCUUAUUUGUCCCAUUUUGUAUGUAUUUAAUUCAACCAUGCUACUACAGAAAUAUUAAUGUGUUUCAUUACUAGGGACGGGCCCCACCCUCACCCCACACGAAAUAUAAGGUAAUGUGUGUACUCUUUUACUUCAAACAUACGCUUUCUGAAUUCUGUAACAUCUAGGCUGCAGGAUUCUGGUUAGGAAUCUGAGGGCCUAUCAUAUAUUAGAAGCCACUAUUAUUAUUUUAUUAUUUUGAUUAUAUUUUGGCUUAGUUGUACUUAAAAUAUAAAUAUUGAAACAUAUAAAUUAAAGAUGAUCAUCUACUUAUUCUUCAGCAUGUCGAUAUUUCCUCCAUCCUUUGUUUUCAGAAAGAGGGUUCCAAACUCUUAUCCUAUGCAGCUCCUUACAGAUUCUCUGUCUUACCUUCUACUAGGAGCAACUCUGUAGGCCUGGUUGAAGGAAUGUGUAUUUCUUUCUUUUUGCGGUUGUGUUAAGGAUUAAAUCCAGUGCCUUGCACCUGCUCUGCCAUAAAACAUUAUGCUGAAACCUUAGUGUCCAUUUCUGUUUCUUUUUUUCUUUUCUUCCUUCUUCCUUCCUUCUUU